CUCUCUACAGUAUGAAGUUGGAUGGAGGCGUCUGAUCCAAUUAUGCGUAGUUAUUGCUUUAUCGUCGUCUUUACUUUGUUUGCACUCUCUGCAACACAGGCUUCCGUAGGCCUACCUGCCAAAUUUGAAGGGAAAGCCCGCUCAUAUCAAAGUAAAGGAGUCAUCCGGAGCAGGAGGGAAGACUGCCCACAUGGUACUUUCAACCAUGAAAACAUUGAAUGUUGUAAAUGCAACAAAGGUCAGCGGCUGAAGGAGGCCUGCACUGCAACAAGUUCUACAAAAUGCGAGAAGUGUGAGAAUGGAACGUACAACAGCCUGCCUAAUGCCCUUCUGUCCUGUGAACUCUGCAUCUCAUGCUCUCAACCCAAUGCCAAUCUAGAUGUGCGUGAACCCUGUACAUCUGUCAGUGAUACUAAGUGUCAGUGUAAAAAGGAUCACUACUGCAUUGGAGGCAUGAAAGACACCUGCAGACUUUGCAACCCUUGUAAAAUGUGUGGUCAUGAUGGCAUCAAAGAACCCUGUACAGCCACCAGUAACACUGUGUGCAAUGGCAAAAGUGAAGGGGGAAUUCUGCCAAUUAUACUCGGGGUAGUUCUAACAAUAUUAAUUUGCGGAAUUGCGGGCACUGUGUUCUUCUUAUGGAAAAAGAAACGGAGGACACAGCAGGACAAAUCCAGACAGGAAAAUGGCAAUGCAAUUCUGGUGGAGAUGGUUCCUCUUAACGUUCCAUGUGUGGAUCUCUCACCUUUCGUGCAUGACAUUGCAGAGGUGAUUGAAUGGAAGGAUAUGGAGGCUAUAGCUACGCGUACUGGGGUACAAAAGACUAUUAUUGAGGCUUCUAAACGGAACCACCCUAAUGACUAUCAGGAGCAGACACUUGAACUACUGAAGGAAUGGGUGGAGCAGCAGGGCAUGCAGGCCUCAGAAAAAUUGGUACAAAUGCUACAAGAGAAAGGCAGAAGGCACACAGCAGAGAAAGUGCACGAUAUAUUGCAUCGUGGCAGCAGCACAUAGCCACACGUAGCAGGACACCAGAUGCUACCAGUGGCGGCUG